ACUAACCUCGCUGCUGGUGAUAGUUUCCGGUCCAAAGAGGCAGAGGCACAGGCCCCUCCACCAGGCAGGGUCCACACAGUGCUAGUGGGUGUGGGGGAGUCACUGCGAGUUGUCUUCCAGGACCAGACCCGGUUAAGCCCCAAGAGCAGCAGGAUUUGCAGCAACAAGAGGCCCAUUGAUGUCCAAGCCCUCAAGAAGAAGGUCAGCAGGGUGACCUGCGACCUGGCAGCCCACGCCAUCCUCAGCAGCCUGCUGCUCUACGUCACUGACCUCGAGGACGGGCCCCAGGGGCCUCCUCCCGCCAAGAGGGCAGAGCCCGCGGCAGGCGGGUGGUGCUGUGCCCCCGAGCCCCAGGGUGCCCAGCGGCGGCCCACACGCUUCCAGCUCCUCCAGGCCAAGUUCAUGGGCACCGGCCGAGGGCCUCUCAAGAGGACCCGGGAGGUGGGGAGGCUGAUCUGCAAGGACCGGCAGGGCCCCAGCAGGGGCCUGGUGGCGGCCACCAUCCACAAGCUCCUGGAGAAGGCCGGGGAGGGAGCCGGCCGCCCCGCGCAGGCCCAGGAGCCCCUUGGCCGCGAGAAGCCCCGGGGCCUCCCGGCCGGGAAGAGCUCUGUGAAAACCUCCCUGAAGAUGUUCUUGGCUGCGGAGAAG